ACCAGGUGAUCAUUUCACACCUCCACGAAUCAAGAGAGCUGCGUUAACAGAGUCUAAGAUGUAUGACCUGCCCUUAUUUGGACUGUUUCUUGGGUGCAUUGCUAUGACGUCAUCACAGUGUCGCGACUUCCAACACUUCACGAGCCGUGACGAGUGUCCCCAAAUUGGGCAGUUCCACUGGGAGGUACUCGGGGUGCAGGGCAGGAGUGCCGACGAACAAAGGCGGGUGCUAGUUGAGGUGGUGCUUCAGGGCUUUGACUGUGACCGGAGGAUCAAGAAUAUACGAUGUCCAGGGGUCAGCUACACGUGUCAACAGAUACAGAACGACAUUCUGUCCCGAAACUCGACGGUGUGCCCCGACCCCGAUCUGAUGAAACGGCUUGUGGUGUUUUCCUUACAAAUAGAAACUAUCCCAUGUUUUCACCUGCCACCUCAGCCCGGCCCACCACACGACUGUGAACUACCAAUGCCAUACCUCAUGUACAAGGUGGCCUCUUUGUGGAGACCGGAACUGAUCCGCCACCGUAUAUGGAAUGGAUGUCCGGCGAAUGUUGCGUUCUCCAUGAGGCGGAAGUGCACCCAAUUUGCCAGCCCUAGCAACCAAUGGGAAUCUAUGGAUAUGUGUCCUUGCUAUAGGAACAUAAUCACACAUCUCAUUCAAGGACAUCGCAUACUGACGGACCCUAGGCAGAGGUGUGACAUCCAGUACACUGAAGACAUCUUCAGAGUAUUCGGGGACUCGUCAGCACAGCAGUCCUACUCGUGGCACAUGGGAAAAGACGGCCUGAACUCGGUUCUCCAAAAUCUGAGUAACCCCUACCCGCCUCUCACCCAUUCGACUGCUCCCCACCACACUCAGAAGUUCCAUCCGCACCACGCCGCAGUCCUAGACACAAGGACCUUCGGCCACUCUGACCCCAGUCUGAUGUACCCCGUGCCAUGCUCCUUGGUAGACCCAGGACGCCCACACAGACCUGUCCAGGAACCACCCAGAAGAACACCGCUCCAACAUGACCUGGAACAAGUCGGAGGCACACCACCCCCAUAUGGACCUGGCCAGGAACCACCCAGAGGAACAGAGCUGCAACAUGACCUGGAACAAGUCAGAGGCACACCACCCCCACAUGGACCUGGCCAGGAACCACCCAGAGGAACAGAGCUGCAACAUGACCUGGAACAAGUCAGAGGCACACCACCCCCACGUGGACCUGGCCAGGAACCACCCAGAAGAACAGAGCUGCAACAUGACCUGGAACAAGUCAGAGGCACACCACCCCCAUAUGGACCUGGCCAGGAACCACCCAGAGGAACAGAGCUGCAACAUGACCUGGAACAAGUCAGAGGCACACCACCCCCACAUGGACCUGGCCAGGAACCACCCAGAGGGACAGAGCUGCAACAUGACCUGGAACAAGUCAGAGGCACACCACCCCCACGUGGACCUGGCCAGGAACCACCCAGAGGAACAGAGCUGCAACAUGACCUGGAACAAGUCAGAGGCACACCACCCCCACGUGGACCUGGCCAGGAACCACCCAGAGGAACAGAGCUGCAACAUGACCUGGAACGAGUCAGAGGCACACCACCCCCACAUGGACUUGGCCAGGAACCACCCUGGGGUCCGAGUUUAGCCGAACCAGGAUUUGUGGAUUCUGGUGGUAGCCAUCAUCGGCCAGAAGGCCAUGGUCCAGGUGAAAACGGCAACGCACUUAAUCCAUACGGUUCUUCUGGACACAGCCCUAACGGAAUGAUACCCAAGCAUAAUACACAGCCGCUUACCCAAUGGGAACACAGACAUCGUGAACGGACGUCUCCGGCAACCGCUGGAGGAGGUCGUACUGCAACAAAGAAGAACAGCGGCUCAGGGUAUAGUCUUUUUACUCAACAUACCGCAAGUGCUACUCGCCGACCUGGACGUGUUGGCAGUCAAGGACAUUUGCAUGGGAUGAGCAGUACUCACCCCAUGCAAGGUUUCACAAGUCCUGUUGCUGAAACCUCUACUAUCAGGAUAUCAACCCUUCGUUCCGGUACAAAAACAAUUAUGCGCAAUGCCCAUGUGUCUGGUGGUACCACGAAUACCCUACGUCCGGGGAAAGACAAGUACAAGAACAAACCUAGGUCUAAGAGGUUCUAUAUGCCUCCAGACAGUCAUCAUUACCUCCCCUUCUCUCACAACUAUCAUUCCCCCAAAUAUGUGUGGAACGCAACGAACCUGCUACAUAUGAUGUUAGGGACGGCCAACAACUCCCUCACCAUCCCCGACUUCUACGAGAUGUGUCCACUACUGAUCCACUUUCUCCUGUUUACCUUCAACUUGCCGGGAACGACCACCACCAUGCCCACCACCAUCUCCAACACCCCCAACACCACCUCCAACACCCAGAAUCUACCCACAACGGCACAAGUGUAUGGCUACAGCAGCCUGGCGGUGUUCAUCAUCUCACUUUGCUCUCUUGUCGGGGUCUUAUUCGUCAAGGUUUCCAAGGGCAAAACCGGAAAUUACGUCAUGGCGUCCAUGUUGGCCCUGGCUGUCGGGAACCUGUGUGGGGACGCCGUCCUACAUUUAGUCCCUGAGGUCAUUGGCGAGGAGGGGACGGACAAUGACGGCGAUGGUCACUUCACGAACGAAAUAAUGUUGCUUGGCAAUUCUGACAUCUCCAUGAAUAGCGUGAAGAUGAUGUUGAUGCUGGCCGCCAUCUACCUGUUCUUCCUGCUGGAGAUGGUGAUGAGCGUGUACCACAAGCACGACCACGUCACGGAGAACACGAUAACUAUUCCCGAGUCACAGAUUCCCAAGAAGAAGACGUUGACCCGUGUUGUGACAGGCAGUACUGCCCACUUGACCUCCAGCAACUCCACCCUGUCAUCAAUGGAGUUGGCCCUUCCCUCUUCCAUAGACUCCCUCCCGAGUGUCCCCGAAGAGAAUGAGGAUCCUGAAGAAGAGGUCCAGAUCACUAUCCAGAAGCAAGACAACAUCAUUGCCCCCAUGACGUUAGCGUGGAUGGUUAUAGUGGGCGACUCCAUACACAACUUCGCCGACGGUUUGGAGAUAGGAGCAACAUUUAGCGAUGGCUUGGCGUCAGGUCUUUCUACGUCGCUGGCGGUGUUCUGUCACGAGCUGCCACACGAGCUGGGGGACUUUGCAGUGUUGAUUUCAACAGGCAUGUCAGUGAAACGGGCUCUCAUUCUCAACUUCGUGUCAGGCCUCACAGCGUUUAUUGGAUUGUACAUAGGAAUAGUGUCUGGGCAGCACAACAGUGUCCGACAACUCAUCUUCAGUAUUGGGGCAGGCAUGUUUAUCUAUGUGGCGCUGGCCAAUCUGGUACCAGAACUGAUGAAAUAUUUUGAGCGGAAUAGAAACUGGAGAAUGUUUUUAUGCCAACACGUGGGUGUUCUCUCGGGAUAUACGGUCAUGGUUCUAAUUGCAAUCUAUGAAGAUGAAAUAUCUUUGUAACACCAAACAGUGCGACUUACAAAGACUUUUGGACAAACGCACCACGGUCAGCGAUAGGAAGUCAUCGAGCACCAUCCAAAGGCUGUCACAUCCAAAAUAACACAUGACCUAAUUACGUCCAUGGAAAUUCGAGUUUACAUGCCCCAAUUACUGUUUGUUUAUAACCUAAUGCCCAAGGACUUAUGGGCAGAAAAAAAAAUGGGAAAUAGAAUGUAUUUAUAGAUUUAUCAGAUCUUGAAAUAAGUGAUCGAUGACUGCCUUUAACUUUGUCAGUUCACAAGACGUGAGUUAUAUCGGAACGUUUGCUUCGACGUGAUGGGUGCUGAUUCGGUGCUUUAAGUCUGAGUGGCUUACUGAGUGUUUGCUAACAACUUGCCCCAGCUUGGUGAGUGAGUUAUUGCUAUGGUUACCUGUUUAUUCUGAAUGACGACGACUUUAUAAAUGAGCGGAGCAGAAGAACAGAUGACCACUUUGAUGUUGAUGUGUGUACUAGACAAGAGUUCAUAAUAUGGCUAGCCAGACUGGUAAUGCCAUUGGAGAAAUGUGCAGUUUUGAUUUUAAGCAAACAUGCAUUAAGAAAUCUCGUCUACUAUAUUCUAUAGCUUGAUUCACUGGCUGAUGUGUGGACGAUUCAGAAUUAGAAGAUGAUGUAUUAUACCACCAUUUCCUGAAUUCUCCCGGACACGAUACCAACAGGCUCUACCUUACUUGUAUGUUUUUUCAACUUGACAUAAACUACUUCCAUUUUGGAAAUCGCCAUGCUUCAAGCUCACAUAACAACAAUGUAUGUGUACUUCGGAUUUAUUAUGGCAUCAUUUCUUGUUUAGGAAAACAUAGAGUGCUUUAGCACUAUUAAAUCCUGGAUUGAAAUGUUGAUCCCCAGUGGUUGUAAAUGAUAUACACUACUCAAGUUUUGAUAGGGAUAUGAUAUAUCUCGUACUGUUAGGAAACUAAGGACAAUAGCAAAUGUGUAAUUAUGUUUAUUUGAACUUGAAGCUGCAAAUAUCACAUUCAGGCCCCACCAGGGCACUCAGAAUAAUCCUACCACAAGUUGAGUAGUAUAUAUACACAUGCACAAAAGUUAAGGGCCACCCACCAUAUUUGUGAGCUGUUACUUUUGGCACUUAAUGAUGAGACUAUUAUAACGAGAUGUACGAUUGUUAUAAGCCAUAUAU